UCUACUGGAAAAUGCGAUCCAACAGUAGGAUGGUAGAUAGAUCUUCUUUUCUUGUCUACAAAACUGCGAAGAAAUCAAAAGAACAGGUUUUAGUGCCAUGAUAUCCCAUUGAACUUACUCCGACACAGUAAUUACCGUACGUGUCAUUAUUGUACAAGUGACAACAGAGACAGGAAAAUAUCAAGAGAAAAUAGAGGACAUUUUCAGACAUAAUCGGACUCGUUGGUACCGCUCAUUCCAAUUGAAUUUUUCCCUUCACGCCUAUUGUGAAAUAAUAAUCGAAAGACGUGUUUAUUGAGUUCGCAACGCCAUGAUCAGAGAGAGAAAAAUGAUGAAACAUAUUGCAGUGAUGUUCUUGUUUAUAGACAACGUCUUCUUAGCGAACGCUGUCACCGUCGACCACAAGUGCAGCACAGGAGGGCGGCUGACUGUGUUAUGGUGGGGCCAGGAGCCGUAUAUUUACAAAUUUGGGGACAAGCAGGAAGAUAACUUAAAAUCAAAAGUAGAUGCACCGGCGUCUAUAUCAGGGAUGUUUCCAUUAAUCUUGGACCAAGCCCUUGAACGUUGUUGUAAAAGCAGCACAACACUGAACUACACGCAGGUCCCUGAAGGUCCUGCUGGCUUAGAUCAACUUCUGGCCGCCGAAGACUUUGAUCUCAUUUUACCCGUGGGGGCAGAGGUUGGAGCAGGAACUGUUCGUCAGUUCUCGUUCACUGGGUUGCUUGAGUCCCCUGGAGUUGCAGUGCUUAUCAAGGGAAACGUGUCUGGGGCUCAGUUAUUGCUGUCUGUUCUUCAAGGCUGGCCCAUCCUUGUGUUCAUUCUCAUUUCUGCCUCGCUCGCCGGAGUGGUUAUCUGGUUAUUUGAACGGAAGGAGAAUACAGAGCAAUUUCCCGAGUCAUUUUCCCAUGGUGUGUUUGAAGGAUUCUGGUGGGCUUUCAUAACUAUGACAACUGUUGGGUAUGGAGAUUUGGCGCCCAAAACAAUUCCUGGGAAGCUUCUGGGUCUGAUAUGGAUGUUAGCGGGUCUUAUCAUCAUUACCAUGUUCAUCAGUAUCAUCACAGCAGCAUUGACCAAUGUCAGUCUGCUAGGACGGACCAACCUUCGAGGGGUCACGAUUUCAGUCGUUAAUCACAGCGAGGAACACAAGCUUGGAAUUCGAGAAAUUGCGAAUGUUGAAGCUCUGAGUAACAGCGACCAAGUGUUUCAAUAUGUGCUGGACCGUCGAGUGGAAGGUGCAUUGGUGGACGUACACGGACUCAAGCAUCACAUAAAUGCCCUCACUCAACACAAUAUUCAGGUUGGAAACAUUCUAACGAGUCACGUUUCAUAUGGAGCGAUCCUUGCACGCAACUCGACAGAUUUUUUGAAAUGCUUCAAUGAAUACGUUCAAACGGAAGAGCAAUGGCUUUACAACAUUCUGGCCGAAAAUACCGGAACCACACAGGAAAAGAUAAGCGUUGCAGAAGAUUACUUUGGAAGCGGAGGAAUAUUCAGCAUAACAGUAUAUGGUGGGCUGGCCUUGUUUGUGGUGCUCAUGGCUGCAGGGAUUGGCUGGGAGGCAUACAAGAAAAACAAAAUGAAAAACAGCGGGAAAAGCGGAGCAAGCUCCAUCACAGCACCCACAGCCAUUGUACUGGAGGACAUAGGGACCCACCCGACCCCAAGGCUGUCAUUUGGUCAUGCACCUUCUGAGCAACUUGUCUCCAAACACAGCAUGGAAAUCAUGAAGAUGGACGAAGAGCUAAAUAAUUUCCGCCGGGACUGGCAGGAAAAACGUACGAAAAUGCUUGAGCGACAUCAGAGAGAACGAGCUGUUUCUGGCAUGAAUGGUGACACUAACAGUUCCCUAACACCUCUUAAAGGGAAUUGAGUUUACUGUAUGACUUCUAGAUGAGCUCACAUUGUAACUUCUCUCCGAGUUAUCAUUACACCGUAGGGCAGACAGGUGACGAAAACUUGAAAUUUAAAUCUAAUACUGUCUUGAUGUACUCCUAAAUUCUCAAAACAUAAGCAGCAGCUGUUAUAUGGCAGUUAGAAAGGAAAACAAUGUUCCUUUACCUUAGGACUAAUGGAAUUAAGGUUGCAUAGCAAAAUAUAGAUGCUUGGUAUGAUUUCAGGACAUCAAGUUUUUGUUCUCGACUGAGUUAAAAAUUUCGUUAUCACUGAAGAGCCGUUUUGGAAGAUUUCACAGUUUUGAUGCUCGAUAACUUUCAUCGCACCAACUUUAUACUUAAUUACAACCGGGCAUAUUCCUUCCCUCUAAUGAUUCCGAAUCGAGGCGGGCCAAAAAAAGAAAAAACAAAAACGAAAUGAAACAUCUGAAGUACCUCAUCCGACAAUUUUCCCGUAUACUGAAAGAAAUAAACCUGUUUUAGUAUCUUUGUGGUAUAUACUAAGACAAUUAUUCACUUCAGUGUAGGUGAAAGCAGUGAAUAUUAACCUUGCCUCUUCGAAACUCGGUAAAAAUCCAUCAUCAUUCACCUCCACUUCGGUGAAUAUUUGUUAAAUAUUCGUAGCUAUGGAAUCGUUUGCACGUUUUGUUGAUAAGAUCUUAUAUAAAACAAGACCUCACCGAGACAAAGCUUAAACUAUGACAUUUCUAUUUGGUAGAAAAUAUUGCUUUUAUCGCCCGCUUAUUGGCUGG